AAGACGAUCGAAUCCAUCUCAACUAUCCGGCGGCGGCGAAUUGUGUUACCAAUUUUUCUUUAUCUGUAUUUUAGUUUCAGGCAAAUGGGUCCGAUCGGCAAGAACGGUGGAACAGUGACGCCUGUGAAAGAUUCAUGUGGCUCUAGAUCGAAGAUGAUUCAAGAAGUUCCGAGGCAUUCUGAGAAUACGAAUCCGAAUUUCAACGAUUCGAUUAGCCCAGUUCCGAAGCUCGCGAAAUCCUCUCCUUCCGUCAAAUCUGCAAAGGCGGCUCAGAAAUCGGCCGCGAAAAACCCUAAGGCGGUUAUGAACUCUCCGAAAUACAAGAUCAGGGAGAGGAAGUUCGUGGUGGCCAAGAAGAAUUUGAAGAAGGAGAAAUCGGGGAAAUCUAAGACUGAUUGUAAGUGUGAAGUUCAAAUUGGGAGUGGUGCGAAGAAAUGUCUGUGUAUGGCGUACGAUACUCUGAGGGCUUCUCAGGAGGAAUUUUUCAAGAAUCAGAGCGGUGGAAUUGGGGAAAUCCAUGAAUCAGAGCAGAUUAAUGAGACAACUAGGGCUGAGAUUGAAAUUGAAGAAGAACUGGAGAGGAAAUUGAUGAUUCAAGACCUUCAAAUCGAAGACAGGGCUGAAUCAGAGAAUCGUGAUGUUAAUGGUGAGAGCGAAUCGCCUGAACAAAUGAGUAGUUCAAUGAUGAAGAGGCGAAGGAAUAGUAUUAUAGAAACAGGAUCUGGGAAAGUAAAAAAUUUGGUUAUGGCGUUUGAGAACCUCAGAACUACAAAGGUUUCAAAAGAGAACGAUGAGAAUGAGGAGAAACAAUUAGAAAACCAAGAGAAGCCAAUGGAAGAGAAGAGCAAGGUGAUGAAAUGGGCAUUGCCAGGAUUGGCUCCUCCGAAGGCUUCAUCUUCUUUGCUUUGCCCAUCGGAGCUGCUUUUGACAUUGGAAAAUCUUGGUUUGGAUCCUCAAGCUUCGGUUUCGUCUUCUUGGGACGGGCCUCAUGGAAGCAUUUCAAGUAGGACUUCCAAUGGUGGUAGAAGAAGCAGAAGAAGUAGCACUGAAUCGGCUGGCACCAUUGGUGGAAGUAGAUGGAAGAAAAAGCAGCUGAAAAUCACUAGGCAAAAGCCAUUUAAGCUCAGAACAGAGGAAAGAGGAAAGGAGAAGGAAGAAGAGUUUCUGAAGAGGGUACAAGAAAGCAUGAUAGAGGAAGAGAGACAGAGAAUACCAAUUGCUCAAGGUCUUCCAUGGACAACUGAUGAACCAGAGUGUCUUGUAAAACCGCCUGUGAAGGAAAAUACAAGACCAGUGGAUCUGGUUCUCCACAGUGAUGUAAGGGCAGUGGAGCGCGCCGAUUUCGAUCAUCAGGUAGCAAAGAAGUUGACACUGUUAGAGCAGUACAAGAUGGAAAGAGAGAGACAGCAGAAGAUGGCUGAGGAGGAAGAAGUAAGGAGGUUGAGAAAGGAAUUGGUUCCAAAAGCACAGCCAAUGCCUUACUUUGAUAGGCCCUUCAUCCCUAAAAGGUCAGCAAAGCUUCCAACUUUACCAAGAGAACCAAAGUUCCAUAUCCCAGAGCAGAAGAAGAUAAAAUCCUGCUUGUCUUGGACUGAUGAUAUGAUGAGCCAUUAUAGCUUCCAACAACAAUGAAGGAGGAAGAAGAAGAGGAGAGGUAGCUUGUAGAGAAAGAAACAAUUGUGUGUUCAAAUUUUGUGACAUAGUUGUUCCCCCAAUAAACAUAUAUUGUUGUUCUCUUUCUCUCUUUUAAUUUCGAUGGCCAUUUGUUUCUGAUGUAUUCUUUGGUAGAGCUGAUAUAAUAUUACAAAUGAAGCAACCAAUUAUAGUUGCUUGCUUAUAGA